AUGCAAAAAUGGGAAAAAACACAGAAAAACUGGUGCAAACUUAAUUUUGAUGCAGAUUUUAACAAAGAAACAAACAUUUGUGGAAUUGGUCUAAUUCUUAGAGAUUGUGCAGGGAGUUUUGUGGAGGCCUUGGUGAAAGUGACGAAAGCUAGAGAUGUUGAACAGGGUGAAGGUUUAGCACUCUUAGAAGCUGUGGAAUGGAUCAAAAGUAGGGGCUGGAGAAAUAUUAUCAUUGAAGGAGAUUGUAAGUCUGUCAUUGAAGCUGUGACUUCAAAUUUUGCUAACUCUAAGUGGCAAGACCAUAAUCUUCUUUCGGAUAUUAGUAGGCUAUUAGAAUCUAUUAGUAGUAUUAAGUGUGUUUACUUUCCUAGGUCUGGUAAUGAAGUGGCUGAUGGUCUAGCCAAAUAUGCCAAGAAUUAUAAUUGUAAUCAAGUGUGGUCUGAUACACCACCAAGCUGUAUCCUAUCUACUCUGGAGAAGGAUAACACCAUGUAA